AUGAGACGAGGUGACGAGGCAGAGCCACGGCCCGACCGCGAGACGCGGCAGGGACAGCGGCGCGCCACGAGACGCAGGCCCGCCCAUGGUCCGACCGCCCAGCGACGCCCCACGUCGGAGCGCGACGGCGGCGAGCGGUCAGGGAUACCAAGGGGGACCUUGGCCAGGGGUCGGCGGGGACACCACCGCAGGGGGCCGGCACGGCCGCGGGAGAGGUCCCAAGCAGACUCGGCGAGGGAGCUGACCGCGCUCCACACGGACCGCAGACGGCCGCGUUGGGGAUUCCUGACGCACCACAGGCCUACCGGCAUCUGCAUCUUCCGCCUCGGCGAGGUCGGCCCAGCGCAGAGCACUGACGCGAGUAGGGGACGGGGAGGAGAUGGCCUGGGCGGCGGGGGGGCCGACCAUUGGCGGCCGGGCGAGGCCACAGGGGCGGGCGUCGCAACCGGGGGCGGGGAGGCCGAGCUGAGGAGAGCCGGAGGCGAGGCCACCAGCGGCGCGGCCGCGAGCGGGCGUCACCCUCUGGGUCGCGGCAGCAGCAGUCCAUCAAAAUCCUAG